AUGGCGUUCAAGAGUCUCUCUUUCCCUAUCCUUCUACUCCUCACCCUCUCACUUUUCUCCUCCGGCGCACUUUCCGGCGGCCGCCCCCACCGCCACCGCCACCGCCACCGCAGCCCGUUCGCCGGCGGCGCCUUCCGAUUCCCUGCCCAAACCCCCGCUUCCCACUUCCAUUCCGCCCUCACCCCCCCGUCGACCUCCCACCACGGCGGCUCGUGGUCCCUCCUGCAGUCCUCCAUCGGCGUCUCCGCCAUGCACAUGCAGCUCCUCCACGACAACACCGUCGUCAUCUUCGACCGCACCGACUUCGGCCCAUCAAACCUGUCCCUCCCCGCCGGAAAAUGCAGGGACAACGACGACGCCCUGCCCAUGGACUGCUCCGCCCACUCCCUCCUCUACGACGUCGCCGCCAACACCUACCGCCCCCUCGCCGUCGAGACCAACGUCUGGUGCUCCUCCGGCGCCGUCAACUCCAACGGCACCCUCAUCCAGACCGGCGGGUACAACUCCGGCAACCGCAAGAUCCGCAUCUUCACCCCCUGCUCCGCCGCCGCCGACUGGAUCGAGCUCCCCACCAACCUCACCGUCCAGCGCUGGUACGCCUCCGACCAGAUCCUCCCCGACGACCGCGUCAUCAUCGUCGGCGGCCGCCGCGCCUUCAGCUACGAGUUCUUCCCAAAACAGAGCAAUUUCGCCGGCAGCUCGAAUUCCUCCUCCGACGGCGCCUUCUACUUCCCCUUCCUCAAAGAAACCACCGACCCGAAAGAAGAAAACAAUCUCUACCCCUUUCUCCACCUCCUUCCCGACGGAAACCUCUUCGUCUUCGCCAACCAACGAUCCAUCUCUCUCGAUUACCGCAGAAACAGAGUAAUCAGAGAAUUUCCGGCAAUACCCGGCGAGAAAAGAACUUAUCCGGCAACUGGCUCCUCUGUCAUGCUCCCGCUUAUUCUCUCUCCGGCUGCCGACCCUUCUGUUGAGAUAAUGAUCUGCGGAGGCGCGCGUGGCGGUGCCUACCUCAACGCCUCGCGUGGGAUCUACGUGGCAGCCUCAAAAUCCUGUGGUCGGAUCCGGGUCACAGAUCCCGACCCGGGUUGGAAAAUGGAAUAUAUGCCCAUGGGUCGGGUCAUGCCCGACAUGCUCCUUCUCCCAACCGGCGAUAUCAUAAUUGUAAAUGGGGCAGGUCGCGGGUCGGCCGGGUGGGAAUCCGCAAUUGACCCGAUCCUAAACCCAAUCCUCUACCACCCAUACGAAUCAGAUCCGGCCUCACGAUUCCACGUGCUCCGCCCCACGAAAAUCCCCCGUAUGUACCACUCAUCAGCCAUCCUUCUGCCAGAUGGCAGGAUUCUAGUGGGCGGGAGCAACCCGCACGUGAGGUACAAUUUCACAGGCGUAAAGUACCCCACGGAGCUCAGCCUCGAGGCCUUCUCGCCGCCUUACCUGGCGCCGGCGCUCGCCGGCCUCCGGCCGUCGAUUAUUGUCGUCGAGAGGACGAUUUCGUAUGGGCAGAGGUUUGAGGUCACGUUUGUGAUGGGGAUUUUGUGGCCUGCGGGAGAGUGCGUGGUAACGGCGGCUGCACCCUCGUUCACGACUCACUCGUUCGCCAUGAACCAGCGGCUGCUGGUUUUGAGGGCGGUGGGCGUGGAUCAGCUGUCGGCGUUUGCGUAUAAGGUUACGGUGGAGUCGCCUGUGAGUGGGAAUAUUGCGCCGCCGGGUUAUUAUAUGCUGUUUGUGGUGCAUAGGGGUGUGCCCAGUGAGGGUGUUUGGGUUAGGUUUGGUUGA